AGCCGUGGAAGGCGCGCGCGGUCAACCGCCGCGACCGCCGGCUUUAUUCUAAAUUUGAAAUUCGAAUAGUUGAAUUGAAAAAGAAUUGUAUAGCAUACCUAUUAAUUUAUACAGUUAGCUACUCUGUGUUUUUUUUUUUAAUUUUCUUCACAGUGCUGCAGUGGCGUGUUUCUGUGAGUGAAAACUGCGUUCAUUUAAUUUUGAUACAGGAUCAACUUCUGCGUCAGAAAUGCCAGAACACAUGAGGAUCAGCAGAUUGGAGGAUGAUUAUAUAGAGACUAUGUGGCGAAGAGGUCAGAGUAGAUCUCCUUAGCGUUCCAGUUCCGAGGGAAGAAGGAGAGGCUGCGAAAAUGAAUCUUUUGAACAUGGAUGCGGAAAACCGCGUUGUGCUAAAUGUGGGAGGGAUUCGUCACGAGACGUACAAGGCGACAUUGAAGAAGAUCCCCGCGACGAGGCUGUCACGGUUGACGGAGGCGCUCGCCAACUACGACCCGGUCCUCAACGAGUACUUCUUUGACAGACAUCCCGGGGUCUUCGCGCAGGUCCUCAACUAUUACAGGACGGGAAAACUGCAUUAUCCGACGGAUGUGUGCGGGCCGCUUUUUGAGGAAGAAUUGGAGUUCUGGGGUUUGGAUGCCAACCAGGUGGAACCAUGCUGUUGGAUGACUUACACUCAGCACAGAGAUACUCAAGAAACUCUGGCAGUCUUAGACAGACUAGAUCUAGAUACGGAGAAGCCGUCCGAUGAAGAAGUGGCCCGAAAGUUUGGCUUUGAAGAAGAUUACUACAACGGGACGGUCUCCUGGUGGCAGCAGCUCAAGCCGCAAAUGUGGUCACUCUUUGAUGAGCCGUACAGUUCUAACGCUGCAAAGAUUAUUGGAGUGAUAUCUGUGUUCUUCAUUUGUGUAUCGAUUAUAUCGUUUUGCUUGAAGACACAUCCGGACAUGAGAGUGCCAGUGAUAAGAAACUAUUCUGUGACGACGGCAAACCAGACGCAAAGUUGGGCGUUGGACAAAGUGCAAACAAACGCCCAUAUAGCCUUCUUCUACAUCGAAUGUGUGUGCAACGCGUGGUUCACCCUCGAAAUCCUCGUUAGAUUCAUAUCCUCUCCCAAUAAAUGCGAAUUCAUCAAAUCUUCUGUAAACAUCAUCGAUUACAUCGCCACAAUGAGUUUCUACAUCGACUUGAUUCUCCAGAAGUACGCGUCCCACGUUGAGAACGCUGACAUCUUGGAGUUCUUCUCCAUAAUUAGAAUCAUGAGGCUCUUCAAGUUAACUAGACAUUCGUCUGGACUUAAGAUUUUGAUACAGACAUUUAGAGCUUCAGCAAAGGAGCUGACACUUUUAGUAUUCUUCUUAGUGCUCGGUAUAGUAAUAUUCGCGAGUUUGGUGUACUAUGCCGAGAGGAUACAAACGAAUCCUCACAAUGACUUUAAUAGCAUACCUCUGGGAUUGUGGUGGGCGCUUGUAACUAUGACUACGGUUGGGUACGGAGACAUGGCUCCGAAGACAUACGUCGGAAUGUUUGUCGGAGCUCUCUGCGCGUUGGCUGGAGUAUUGACAAUAGCCCUGCCUGUACCAGUUAUAGUAUCAAACUUCGCCAUGUACUACUCUCACACACAAGCUCGGGCAAAACUACCGAAGAAACGCCGUAGAGUCAUCAAUGUAGAACCAACACGUCCACCUAUUCGUGCGCCCGGAGCUCCUGGCUGUCCUGCAGGACCUCUACCCCCAGGUAUGGGUACUCAAGCUGUUAAUAGAAGAAUGAAUGCAAUUAAAACUAAUCAUCCUAAAGAUAUGAUGGGACCUAAUAUGGUCGCAAGCCUAAUGCCAGGAAUGGAUUUAUCUGUAGCUACACGCCUCACCCCCAGUCCAAGAGAUAUGAGUCCAGCCCUCGCCAUAGCAAUUCCUCUAAUGAAAUCUGUUAACAUAGUACCUUCACAAUGCUUUGACAAUAUAGCGUACCACAGCGAAAAAUCUGAAGACAAGUCAAGCACGAAGACAUCAAGUCGACGUAACUCCGACGAAGGUAGCAAAGAUAAUUUAAAAAAUGACAUGUUUGUAGAUAAAAAUGAAGAUAAAUCUGAUGUUAGAACUCCAUUGCUAAGAGAUCAUAAAAUAGAAUCGCUUGAUGAAACUAGAUUAAGGGAUACUAAAGUUGAGAAACGUAAAUCUUCAGCCUCGACUUAGCAGAAAGCAACGACGAUCAUUAUAGAAAAUAUUAUAGCUCUAGUAACGUUGUGUUAUUGACUUACUCGUGUGUAUGAAAUUCAAUAUUCAUUUUCUACAUUCAGUUUUAUUUAAUGAAAUCACUGUUGUUUAGAUCAUAUCUUAUCCAGUAUUCUAUUUUUUAUGUUUUAAUUUUUAAAUGGCUUUAUUUGUUCCGACAACCUGGAAUGAUGCGUGUGUUUAUCUCUAUAUCAUUAAUUAGCAUUAGAAGGGUACUCUACUGAAAAGGAAUACCUAUCUCUCGUCCGAAUAAAAUGACAUUAACUAAAUAUAUCGAUUUCUGGUAAUAUAGUUUCUAUUCGACAUUCAGAUACUUAAUAGUUAACUGGCAACUCUAAAAAUCAAAUUGCAAGCAUGGUAACGUUUAACGAAUUUCGUGUUAUUUUCGUAAAAUUAAAUCCUGCCAACAAUGGCCCAAACAGAAUGAAACACAUAAUAAAAUAGUUCCGUAGAGUGUCCCUGAAUAAGUAUGGGUAGCAUAGGGCUUGUCUAUUAUAGUAUAUACUAUUCCGCUUAAUAUUAUAUCUCAUUAGUUAUUUAUGCAACUCUUGUGUAAUAAGGGGUAUUAAAACACGAAUGUGCGAUAAUAGUGUCACAUGAGUGUUUUAAUACCUAAUUAUCAACAGUUGCAUACAUGACUUUAUUUACACCUAUAAUAUGAAUCCUCUAUAAAAGAUUCUGAAACAGUUAGUGUACUGCUAGCAUUAAAAAAGACAGUCAAUAACCAUUACAUAAUCCAAAGGAGUGUUGUAAUGAAAUUCAGUACAACAUUACAACAUUCGUUUGGAUGAUGUAAUGGUUACUAGGACAUUGGGUGUUUUAAUGUUGGCAUAAGCUAACUGAUUUAGAAUCUUUAAUAGAGGAUUUAACGCAUGGGUGUAGAUAAAAUAAAUUACGCAACUAGAAAUGUAACAUGUAAAUAAUUUUAUAAUAAACGUUUUAUAUAAUUACUAUCAUUUUAAAUCUAGAAACACAUAUCAUCUGCACAUUGUUCUUGGUGUAUUAUUUUUUUACGUGUGUAUAAAAUACAUUAUAAUCUAUGUUAAGAGUAGUUAGUUGGAACUAAAUAUUUUAUUCUUAACAUACUCUUGUAACUUUAAAUAUUGAAAUUGUCCAUGUAGGUAUCAAAGGUUAUAAAGUGUUAAUCCAAUAAACAAUUUUUUAUAAAUCCUAUAUAUCCCAAUAAAUAUAAGUUGUAUUUGUGUAUAUUACAAUAUUAUUAUAAUGAAAACAGUAUUAUUAUCAUUCUUACAACAUAGUAUUUAUGCCGGCUACAUAAUAAUUUCGUGAAAUUAAUAUUAUUAUUUGGUAAAAAUGUGAUUUUGUUACGUUGAUGUCAAAACCAACGAAAUGAUCAUAAGUAAUGUUAAUUUUAUGAAAUAAUUAAUAUUGAAUAUCAGAUACAUGUGUUAAUUCAUAAAAUAAUAUUUCAUUCAAAUAUUUCUAACCAUUUGUUCUGAAGUAUCGUGCUUACUAGGUACUGUAAUUUGUUUGAAUUUAACUCGUAUUUUGUUCUCCCUCUAAUAAAGGAUCAAAAUUAUUUGUGGAUCGGCAUAAAAACUUGUAUACGUCAUCGGAAAUAUCAAUACCUAGCUAGUAACACGCUAUUCGGAUUUACCUUACUCGAAUCAUGAUAGAUAUUACACUAAUAUGACAGAGUGAAAUAAUAUUUCAGUUUUCAUAAUAACUAUAAGCUAUAUUAUCAUGUCUAAUAUUAACAGUAGAAUUUAGUUGCAUCUCCAAAAUUAUAAGCACGUGAAUAGUUUAUGAAUCAUGUAAACUAUUAAUACAGUGAUAUAAAUAUUUAUAAGUAUAAGUGGACUUAACAGUUCAAAAACAUUUCAACUUUGUAAUAAUAUUUGACCAACCCUAAUUAAUUUGUACAAAAACGUUCUUUAAAUAAUAUCUCUCAUUGGCUUAAGAUAGGUACUAACGUUAUACUAGUUAUGUUAAUGCGAUAUAUGAAUAACGCAUAAAAUGCAAUAAUUUUAAAUAUAAUUGUAGAUAGCACAAUAUAAUUUUACUGUAAAAUUUUUUAAUGUUAUGAUAAACUUAAUUUUUAAAAAUAUACACGCUUUAUUAUAGAAUAUGUUUUAUAUGAUUUAUUUAGUUAAAGUGUAAGUUUUAAUGUGAUUUAUUCAUGCUUAUCAAAAAUAUAUAAAAAAUAGCACAGCUACCUAUUUUACUUACUUACUUCUUCUUUUACUUCUUUUGCCACAAUAACUGUAUUCGGUCGUCAUAUUUACUAUAUUAGGUAUUAUUUUUUAAUUGAUGCAAGUACAUAUUAUACACUGAAUCUAUUUAUUAAUUUGAAAUCACAUUCAUUAAAAGAAACGUCUUUCUAACUACACAAUAGAUAAUAUAUUAACAUGUUUUGCAUUAAUAACAUAAUAUUAUUUUAUUAUCUUUCAGAGAUUAUUGAGAAGCGAAAAUGUCUUAAUAGUAGUAAAAAAGGAAAUUGAGUGAUUGACAGAAUCUAAAAUAUAAUUAAUCAUUGUCAUUGAGUAAAUAUGUACUAGGUACCUACGUAUAAAGCUAGACGUACACCAAGACCAAUUUUGUGGGCCGAUGACAGACCAGUAUCUCGGACGUGUAUGUGCCAAUGCUGUAAAAGUGCCGACAUUGGACGUUGCCGCUAUUCUGUAGUUGAUUGUGUUGCGAAGCGUUUUUAAAAUGGAAUAAUUCGAAGAAAUAUAUUCUUUUGAAAAUUUAUGCCGCAAUUUGAAUCGUUGACGUCAUCGGCGUGUAUUGUUUCAUGAUUUUAAUUAUGUUCAUGAAACUACCGUGUGAAUACCUUUUUACAGAAUUAUUAUCACAAUCCAUCAAGUUCUUCGAAUAUUUUACAAUGUGUUUUAAUAAAUACACUUAAUUUGCACUGUAGGCAAGAAAUCCCAACAAGUUCGGACUCGACGGUAGAUCGGUCGUUUCCGGGCGUCAUCGGACGAUGGCGGUCGUGUUGGUGUACGCGCUCUCUUUAUUUUACAAGUGUUUGAUUCGAUAGUCCGAGCAAAAUUCGGCCGAUGACGGAUUUGAUGUACGCUUGCCUUUAGGAAAACCAUCCCGAACAAAUUAAACCGAUUCGGUAGAGAAACACACGACGCCAUGUAAACAUGAACUGAGACGUAUUCUCUUUUAUGUAGUUCAUAUUCAUCUCAUUGAAUUAUGUCACAUACAUUAUUUUGUCACUUCAACUAUUUUUUUUCUAUUUAAUUUGUGAAAAGAUUUUUGUCAUUAUUAAAUAAGAAUAAAUGUGGACCAGCUACCCAAAAAAAUAUACGUACUUGAAUAUUUGUAAUAUUUUCACAAAAUCUAAAUUCCUUCCAUAUUAUCCAAUACUUUGUAAGUAUUUUCCGUAUCUAGGUUCACUAUAAACGCAAUUGAAUAAAUCGAAUUACCGAAACGCUGCCCCUCUUUUCUCCACUAAAUUGUAUAUUAAUUAACUAAUCAGUGGGAUGCUCCUUUGCACAGGAUACCGGCUAGAUUAUGAGUACCACAACGGUGUCUAUUUCUGUCGUGAAGCAGUACCUUACUGUUACGCGCCGAACUAGUUAAAUUACUGGGAAAACGACACUUAACAUCUUGUCUCAAGGUGACGAGCGCAAUUGUAGUGCCGCUCAGACAUUUUGGGCUUUUCAAUAAUCCUGAGCGAUACUGCAUUGUAAUGUGCCAGGGCGUAUCAACUACCAUCAACUCAACGUCCUGCACGUCUCGUCCCUUAUUUUCAUUAAAAAAAAACCAAGAUUAUUCUCUACCAAGCUUAAUUAACUACGUUUAUAAAUAAAGGUUUAAAAUUCAUUACAAGCUAAACGUAUAAUUUAUUAAAUCAUUAAAGCUACUUACUCUUCAAACUCAAUAUAUGACUUAAAUUUUAAUAUUCCUGGUUGUGUGUUAAGCAGUGCAAUAUUUUUCCUUCGUUGAUAAAUAAUUUCUAUUACAAAAUAGAUAUAAUCUCAUCUUAGUAACUAAUCAACGAUUAAUGCAACAAAAUAUCGAAACUUACUAAUAUCGCUUUAUCGAAUCAUUAUCUGGUAUCACGUUCACGAUUAUGUUUCUACUAUAUAGACUUAACAUCAAAAAUAUAACUUGUAAAAAACUAUACAAUAUCCCUUAUUAAAGUUGUUUUUAUAAUUUGUUUGCUCUUUAUAUUUUCGAAAAGAUUAACUAAUACUUUCGUACAGCAAUUAAGUAGAUUGUACUUAUUCACAAUUUUCCUGACGCAACUACAUAUUAAACUGUGUGAACGUUAGUACAAACAUUAUUUAAUUUUGUUAGACAAGAAUAUAAAAUAUGGGACGUACAGACUUAUCACUUGUUGCAGAAAUCAUUAAUAAGUCAAUAUUACAUUAUAUCACAUGCUAUGUUUGACUGUCACCGUGAAAAUAGCAUGUGAUAUAAUGAAAUGUAUAUUUAAUGAAAAAUUAAAUUAAGAAUGCUUUCUGCAACUAGGGGUAAGAAUAGCUACGAGCAUCGUAUAAACGUCUGGAAAAUAUUCUUGAAGAAAUGUCACUUUAAUCAUACAGCCCAGCAACUAAUAUUAAAUACAGCGUGAUAAAAAGUUUAUUUUAUAAGCACUUACACAUAGGGCACACUAAAAGUUUUGUACUUCUAGCUAAUCCGAACUAUUUGAAUUUCGAAUGUUAUAUUUUUUGAAACGUUGCAACCUUCUUAGUAAUAAAAAAAAAAUUGGCAGGAAAUAAUUUGUCAUCUUCAUAAUUCCCCUUGAAAAUCAAAAGAGUGUUAAUGCCGAGUGGUAUUCUACCAUUUGUUUACCCAGGGUGUUAAAAAAAAGUUCGCGAAAGACGACCAAAAAGCCGCAUUCUCCUACAUAAUGACAACGGUUCUUCACACACGGUUAACAAAACUAAGUCAUUUUUAGCUUCCGAAAAAGUACAACUCGUCACCCAUCCUUCACAGAGCCCUACCCUGCACCCUGUGAUUUCUGUAUUUUCCCCACAAUCAAAGAUUUGAUGAGAAGUUUCACUUUUACCAAUUCCGAAGAGGCAGUGAUAGCGUUCCACCAGCACGUAGAAAACAUGCCUUCAUGCAAAAAAUGGUUCGAUCGCAUGAAUAAAUGUUUAAAAAGUAAUGGAGAGUAUUUUGAAAAGCAAUUAACAGAAUAUUUUGGUUAUAACAUGUUGUUUUUUUAAGUUACGCAAAACUUUUAGUGUGACCUACGUAUGUGUAGCGCUCGUGCCAAUGCUCGGCCGUAUUGUAUUUUGUCCAACUCUCUGAUGCAAGUAUUACACAGCUUGGUGUUAAAAUGGCGACAUUAAAUGAACACACCAAAGCUAUUUAACCGUAAGCCUAAAAAAAAUUGAUAUUUUGAAAUUUUCAAACAAACAAAUUAUACAUUUAGAGAACAAAAAUUUAAUCAACCUUGAGUGGGUGCUAUUCACCGAUGCGUUCUAACGGCUACGGCGUGGCGUGGAAGAAUUAGAAGGUGUCAGACAUGCCUACGCUUAGCUUAGCUCGCGGCUACUAGAUUACUUACAGAUGUUCUAAAAUUAUUUUACGGAUAAUUAAUUUAUUUAGAUGAUUUUUUUAAUUUUUUUUUAUAAUUACGGUUAGCUCUAGCCGUGUGUUCAUUUAAUGACGUCAUUAUAGUGCCUCAAAUACUCAUGAUUUUCGUUGACCACAACCAUUGAACUUGAUACAUUGAUCGAUUUUUCAUGCAUCGUCAUUUUAUAUUAGUAAUAAAGUUUUCGCCGCUAUCUACUAUAUUAUAUUCGUAAUAUAUAAGAUUGGCACAAAAUAUUAGAAUAAGGCUUAAAAUGAAUAAACAGGGCUUGUAUAAUCUAUAUAUUAUACAUUAUUAUACAUUUAUGAAUGGUGAAUAUUUGAAGCAUUGUUCAAUAAACGUGAAAAUUAUGA